UUUAACUUGUAACAAAAUCUUUGUCCCUGUGGUAUUGCUACCUUUACUGAAGCAAAGGAGCACGUCUUUUACCACUGCUAACAAUUAUAAUUCAUAUAUUCAUCAUAUAGACCUGGUGUUGAAUGGUGAUGAAUUACCUAAUUGUUUGAUAGCUGGUAAACAAAAUAAACAAAAAUACAACAUUACUGAACUUAUUUAUUAUCAUUACUACACUAUUAUUGCCACACUAUCUCCCACAGGUGCAGUAGUCAGGGCUGAGGUCACUGAUCACACUUCAUUAUCCCCGUUGGAGGCUGAGGCCAGGAGUCGGGCACGCGCGCCCAGCUGUCUCUGAUCUCUGCGCGCGUUCACGAGCAUGUAAACACCUGACCACUGCAGGGGACUGAUUCCGCUGAUUUCCUUCUCACAAAAACCAAGCUCCCCCACAAAGCUCCCUGCUGGUGACACAUCUGUGUGUCCUCCGAGCGGGAUGACGGAUGAGGAGGUGCUAGUGUCGGAGGAGCAGACGGUGGAGAGCGGCCCGCUGCGGGACUCCAGGCGGCUGACUCGGCUGUACUGCAUGAAUGGCGGACAUCACCUCCAGAUCCUCCCCGAUGGGACGGUGCAGGGCCAGAGGGAUGACGGGGACGCUCACAUUGUUUUAAAGCUCAAAGCUGUGGACAGAGGCGUAGUGGUGAUCCGUGGAACAGAAGCCGGGCGAUAUUUGGCCAUGAGCGACGAGGGGCGACUGUACAGUUCACCCACAGUGACUGAUGAGUGUUACUUCCUGGAAAAGCUGGAGGAGAACCACUACAACACAUAUAUGCCUCAGAAAUAUCAGGAGAGGAACUGGUACGUAGGCCUGAAAAAGAACGGGAAACCUAAACUGGGUCCAAGGACUCACAUCGGACAGAAGGCCGUCUUCUUUCUGCCCCGACAGCUGAGUGAGUCUGAUGAGUGAAGAACACAGAGAUACCUCAGACAGAAUGCACCAGGAGGAAGUUUUGUUCAGAUACACCUACUUUACCGUUUUAGCUCAUGAACUGGGCCAGAACAAGACUUGAAGAAGUGGUGCGAAAAUAGGUGAUGACACAGUGGCUUGCAAAAACAAAUCGGUCAAGAUCAAAAGGAGGCUAAGUCUUUUUAAUGUUAAUCUGAGGCGUAAUUAUUGGAGGGCCAGCUUUGCACCAGAGAAAAGACUGUGUGUCAGCAUCUUUGUGUCCACUAACAACAUCCUGUUUUAGUUGGUAGCAGAUGUCCUGACUGCACAGAUGAAAAGAACAAACAAGAAAACAGUAUAAUCCAUAAAACACAUUCUAUUAUUACUAAAAAGUUGUAUAGUACCAGGAGUAUGAUUAUUUUUAGUUACCUAAACUUUUAAAGGGACAGUUCACCCCAAAUUCAAACAUUUUCUUCUUACCCGUAGUGCUGUUUGUCAGUCUAGAUUGUGUUGCUGUGAGCUGCAGAGUGUUGGAGAUAUCAGCUGUAGAGAUGUCUGCCUUCUCUCCAAUAUAAUGGAACGAGAUGGCACUCGGCUUGAGGUGCUCAAAGUGCCAAAAAAUAUAUUUGUAAAAACUCAACAGCAAUGUCUCUUUCCAGAAAUCAUGACAUGUUUACUCAAGAUAAUCCACAGACCUUGUUGUGAGCAGUUUCAUGUAGGAACCCUUUCUGCUAAACUACACUUACAAACCAUAUCAGUGCACAGAAGGAAGUGUGCAUCUACUCAUGGACGAGAGGCUCGUGCUCGUGGCAGUGCAAGAUGUAAAAAAAAAAAAAAAAGGCGUCCUCCUAAGCUGAGCUGUAAUGUUAGCUAGUUCAGUGGUGCUACGUGAGCCAGCAGUAGAUGCACGCUUCCUUCUGUGCGGUGAUACGGUUGGUGGGUGUAGUUUAGCAGAAAGAACAUAGUUCCUACGUGUAGUCUCUGGAUUAUCUUGAGUAACGGGGUCAUGGUUUCUGUGAAGAGCCACUGCUGUUGAGUUUUUCAAAUGUAUUUUCUUUGGUGCUCUCAGCACCACAAGCAGAGUGCCAUCCAGCCAAUAUCUCCAACACUCAGUAUCUCACACCAAAACAAUCUAGAUGAAUAAAAAAGCAGUACAAGUAAGAAGGAAAUACAUUACAUUACAAAUUUACAUUUGAUUUGGGGGUGAACUGUCCCUUUAAUUAUCUUAAAAACUGUCUCCAGAUGUCAGUGAAAUUUGGUGGACAGUUAGACCAGAUGCAGCAACUAACUCGUAUUUGUCAUAAACUACUACACUUACAACAUUGUAACCUACUGAUUGAAAAUGUUGGCUUGGGGACAUGUGCUUCCAGUUCUUUCUUGUUCGAAUUUUCUGCAUCUGACGCUUUGCUCUCGAGGGGUAACGCCUCAGCAGAUUAGAAGAGUGUCAAUUAACAGCUUGAGAUGGGCCACUGAGCCACUAAACUUCUCUGUAAUUAACAAUGUGUCAAGCUGAAAAACUGUUAUUUCAUAUCUCCAGCAGUUACACGUCACUGCCACUUGGUGUCGCCAAUGUGUAAAAUUACCUAGUGCACCCUUCCACACACAUAAAAGCUGCCCCAGGCUUGAGCCACAUUUUUAUUUUCAUGCACUUUCCACCAGUAACUCAGUUUCAUAAUGCCAGCCUGUAAGUAACAAUCUUUGAUGUAACACAAUCCAGACAACUCAGAAAUGACGCAUUAAAAGUGACAUUUAUUUAACACUAAACGUUUUCUGUACAGUUUCAUAACAACAAAACCCCAAGGUUGCAGCUCUAAAUCACAUAGAAAUAAGCAUAAUGGGUCUGUAUCAAAGCAAUGGCAGAAAUAUGAAGUUAACCGAUGAGGCAAACAGUUUCAGUUUGCUGGAUCAGACUCAAAUCCAUAUGAACUCCUUCCAAUGACAACAGUGGUGAGAUCAUGAACAUGCCGUUCCCACCAAUAUAUAAAACAGAAACCACAGCGUCAGUCAUUCCUUGUUUUUAUAUGUCUGGGACUUAAAAUAACGAUGGGAACAUCCUCUGGGUUUUACUGGUUGUGUUUCUAAAAGUGCACCUGCAUACAACAUUCGUUGAUAUAGUCUUUAUACCUACAAGAUAACUAACAUCUUACACCUCAGUUUCAAAGAAAAAACAAAUAAAAGAAGAGUAAGAAAAACAGAUUUCCCUUCCCCAUAUGUCAAUUAAAUCUUAAGGCAAAAACCCACCUGAAAAUGGAAUUUUUAUGCUCUUAGAUAAUUCGAUCCAAACGUCUGAGCGAGAUCAUUAACAGCCCAGACUCUUUUCUGUAAUCACAGAGCUUUUCCACUCACAAUGAAGGAGAUGCUGACUCUGCUGACUCACUGAGGAGUCACGGAAAGGUCAGGCUGUGACAUCUCCAUGAGAUUUUUAAGGAUGUGAACCAGAAAAUGUGCUCAAACGCCCAUAACAAAAAAUCUUGGUUGCUGUCACAAAAUCUCUUCACUGUCAUCCCCGAGUUGCUCUGGGGUUUGUCGCCUUGACAUUUGUGGCCGUCUAGUUUCUGGCUCAAACUGGAUUGUCUAAAUUAAAACCAUAACCUAAAUUCUAUUUCCAGGUGGAUAGAUUCACCUGAUUUAACGUACAACAAAAUAUCUAACAGGCAAAAUCAUAACUUCUGAUACAUGGAUGUCAUUUUAAUGUGCUCUGCUGACACUGCGUUUGAAUCGCAAGCAUGUAUGUUCCAUCAUGACAAUGCCGUGAAUGAACAGUUUCUAAAGCAGCAGACAACACUGCCCCCUCCUGGCUAAACAAAAGGGCAACACUACUUAAAGCCAACAGGUGAGUGAAGUAUGUGUUAUAUCAGCAUUUACAGCCUAAUGACAGCUUUGCUUUCUAAGUGUAUGUGUGGUCUAAAAAAACAAA